AUGCGGGAGGCUGUCCGCCAAGGAGACAGUGAGGAGGAGUCAGACUCAACUCACGCGUCUGCUGAUGCUGCCAGGCUGCAUGCAGUAGCGCGACGCAUUCAGCUAAGGGAGCAUGCAAGUAGGCAGCAGCAACUUCAACUCCACAAGCAGCUGCAACAACAACAGCAGCUGCUGCAGCAGCAGCAACAGCAACUGCACCAGCAGGACGCGCUGCUGCGGCAUCAAGAACAGUUGUUGAGGCAGCAAGAACAGCAGCUCGCGAGCCGGGAAACUGAAGCUGGGCUGCUGCUUCGUCAGGUGAGCUUGCUGCAGCAGCAGCUCGAAGAGAGAGCGGAUCGCCUUGCAGCUGCGGAAGGCAACUAUCUCGAUGUUACUGCUUCCCUACAGCAGCUACAACAGCGCGUAGCGUUGGGAGAUGAGGCGAGACUGUUGGUUGAGGAGGUGAGGCAGCAGCAGCAGCAGGACACGCAGCAUCUGUAUGCAGAGGUUCGUCGCCUGCGCCGCCAGCUGUCUCACCGAAUGCAUCAUUCAGGAUCGUCUGAAGAGAAGGACAGAAGCGGAGUAAGCUCUGGAGUAAACGAAGCGGACUUGGAGAAGGAGAAUCUUCAUGGAAGUGUCCGUAGCGACUCGCCUGCUCAGCACAUAGCGACAGGCGGGGGGCGCCCGAACCCGCCUAGUGGAGGGCUUUCGCUGCCCCCUAGGAGGACUGAGGGAGGGUCGUUGGACACCAACUCUGCAACCGGUCUUUGGUGCUGUGUGGAGGCAGCUGAGAACGCUUCAUGCACUGCGUGGGGCUGCAGUGCCUGUUGCUGCUGCAGCAGCGAUGACCAGCAUGAGGCGGUGGUUGCGGAGCUUCGGGCUGCACUGCACAGUUGCCGCUGCUCCAUGGAAAAUAGAGUAUCCGGCGAGUCAGCACUUUCGUCAGCAGCGGCGACAGGGGCUGCUGCCUUGGGAGUGCGCGAAGCUCUCCAUCGUUGCCCAGCAGCAGGAGCCGACCCUGAAAUUGUAGACAUGCUUCUGGAAAGGCUGAGAGCGGAGAGCAUGCAGAUUCGGGUGUAUUCGCAGCAACGGCACGCUGCGUCGUCCAGCAUGACGGCGAGCACCACUGAAUUGCAGCUGCAGCAUCAGGGCGGACUUGCGUCAAUAGACGAGUCGAUGGAGCGAGAGGCAUACGACGUUUUGGGCACAGCGCUUUCUGAAGACGUGCUGCUGCCGCUUCUCACUGUGCAAAACAUCGGUUCCUUGCUCCGUCUCAAGCAGCAGGGGAUCUUGCUUGCUAACUCGCGCUGGUUGCAGCUCCUAAAAGACACAGUUGGCAACAAAUUCCUAGAAGGGAGCUGCUGCCACUCCAGCGGGGACGGCACCAACGGGAAUGGCUUGGUGCAGGGGAAAAAAACACUUGGAGCAUAUCCUGAGGGAAGUAUUACAGAUAACGGUGGCGUGAUGCCUUCUGGAAGCGGCGGAGCACGAGGGGAGCGCCGGCAGCACGUGUUGCUGCAGUUGCUCUUGCGAGGUUCCGGGGGAGUGGCUGCGGCAGCAGGGCUUCUGCGGCACGGGACUGCCCCACUGGCUCUGCACGCAGCGACUCUGACUGACAGAGAUUCAGGCAACAAUGUGUUCCACCUCAUCUGCCUAAGGCAAGCUGCUGCACAUGCUCUCGCAGUCUGUUCUGCGAUCACUGUGGAUAGGCACAGCAGUGCAUUGGAACUUUCCUUGCAGGGCCUUUGCUUAACGGUCGGCAAGACCCCGGCAGACCUGCUCCCCCUGUUGCUGCCCCCGCAUCUACAAGAAUUGAGCGAGCCACAGAAGGCUGCAGCAGCGGGAGAACUGCAGCGACGUGCAGAGUUUCAGGAAGAAAUUUCGGGCGUGUCUUGCAACUUAAGGGCCUGGCGGAGCGUCGUGUUCGAAUAUGCAGCUAAGGCAAGCUCUCUGUACAGACAGCAUCGUAACGAAUCCGCCCUUGCUCUGUACACCGAGGCUCUGAAGCUGCAGCAGCGGCUGCUGGAGAAGCAACAGCAGCUUGAUGAGAUCACUGGUGGCGUCAGCUCCUCCAAUGUUUCGCUAAUGGAAAACACAGCAAAACUUGCGUUCAACAAGGCUUGCGAAUGGUUGCUGGACUUCGAGGGGGCGCUCAAUUACAUGCAGCUUAUGAGGCAGCACUGCCCAGAUUCCUUCGCCGCUGAGCACUACCAGAAGCUGAACGAAGCGCGCAUCGCACUUCUGGAUGCUGAGUCCUAUGCGAGGCAGCUGCUCUUGCCCAUUCAGCCACUAUACAGACAUCCUGAUUUGCUUGUCGUUGCCAAACCUGUGCAGCAGUCGACGCCUUCUCCGACUCUAGUGCCGCCGGACCAACUCACAACGGAGCAGCACCAACCUGACACACAACAGCAAAAUGACCAGCAGCAAGGGCAAGAAAGCCCGCAACAGCAGGCAAAUGAGGCGGAACCCCGGCUUGAGAAGCUGCAGCAACAAAGGCAGCAACUGCUGCGCUCCAUCGGAAGCCUUCAAAGGCAACAGCAGGAGUUGCAACGCGAACUCGAGGAGCACCGGGCAGCAGCUGCACAGCAGCCCGGUUGGAGCAGCACGAGUAAUUCCUUGCGUUGGCAUGAGCUACAGAAGCUGCAGCAGCAACAGCAAAAUAAGCAGAAGAGGCUCAUAGAGUGCGAGAGUGAAAUAGGUCAGUGGCUAAAGUGGAAGCAGAAGCAGCACCAAGAGCCCCAGCAGCACCCGCUGAGCCAACAGCAGCAGCAACAGAGUCAAGUGGAGCAGCAGAACCAACAACAGCAGCGAGGGGACACUCAACCUACCGAAGGAGAGAUCGAAAGAGGUGUAAGUGAGAACCAAACAAGCAGCUCAAACCCUUCUCGCCAGUGCGAGCGGCAACGAGCACAACAACCCAUUCCAGGGAAUUGCGAAGAAGAGGUUCACAGGGCGGCACCCUGCUGUAGCACAGCGCCGCAGGGUUUCCACCCGUCCAUGUGCGGCGUAUCCCCGUCAGUUGCGGCGGCUGCAGACACGAUAAAUGAGGCGGCAGCAGCUGCCUUGUCAGGGCGGGACCAAACGAAGCCUGAGGGUGAUAGCCCUUCUUGGGACUCUGUUCCUUCCAGCGAGAGCGACGGGGACGCGGCAAAAGCACAAAUUAUCUUUGAAGGGUGCGAGCACACCAGCAGUCAAGGAAGUCCGACGGCAACAACGGCUGUGCCGACACCUCCCCCCCUCAGAAGAGAAGCCAGUGCUUCGACGCAACAGCGCCGCAGUUCCUCGGAAAUACCCCCGUCGAGGACUUCGUCAAGAGAAACAGCGAGGACAACAAACAAGGGGCGAGUGAGGGACUACUCUUGCGCCAGUGCAUUCCGCCUCGCAGGCCGUUGCGGCUCGCGGGCUUCAUCCGCGGGGCCUCAGAUACGGACAGGAGAGGCAGCAAGAACGGCAACGGCGGCAACGCCAGCGGCUACUGCACGGAGGAGCCUCACGACUUGUAUUUAUUCCACAGCGCCACGACACGCUGUUGGUGCUGCGGAAAUAAGCAAAUCCAACAAGCCAAAGAGGAGUACAGCGUACUGGGAAGAAACUGACAGCAGCAGCAAGAGCAGCACCAGUGACAGCAGCAGCUGCAGCAGCAGUAGCAGUGACAGCACUAGCGACGGUGACAAUGAAGCUACAGACAGAGGCCCGGAUAUGCAGGGGACCGAAGCGAAUAUCUUUGGAAGAGGAAUGUUCGGUGCUGCGGCUACUGGCGCUGCUGCUAAUAUUGCGGGAGCGGCAGCCCCAGCAGCCUGCGGUGGCGCGGCUAAGGCAACCUUGCAGCCGCGGCAGCAGCAGCUUCCCUCGCCGCCCCCUCGAAGAGUACCAGCAACGCAAGGCGUGCGGAAAGAUGGCAGCAGAAGUAGCAGCGCUGACAGCGGUAGAUGUAAGACGAGGGGCGCCUCAGGCCGCAGACGUUUUGUCCGCACAAGGGGGUAUCUGCAGCAGCAACAAGAUGCCUCCCAACAGCAGCGACACGAGCAGCAGAAGCACCCGGAACAGCCACAACGACGGCAACAGCUCUGGCGGGGGACAGUUAGCGGGAACAAAGCUUCAGACAACACACUGCAAACAGAAUCUGCUAGUGCAACUUUGGCGGGCGGGCCUUCGUCAGAUGCGACCCCACAGGUGGCAGCAGCGGCUGCAGCUGCUUGGCUCUUGCCUCCUGACUUCCCCGAGCCGUUCGGCGCUGAGGGGCGCCCGUUGCAAAAGCAAGCAGACAAUUGUGGCCCUGACUCGGGGCAUCCACACCACCAGCAGCAGCACCGGCGGAAGCCGCCUUGUGAUCAUCCCGGCCCUACGGGCCCGCUUCACGCAGUAGCGCAUCAACAAAAUGAAGGUGCACGGGAGCGAACCCCUGUGGACUCUCCUGCGCUGCUUUCGCAGUCCUUGGAUGGGCAUCACAUGCGGCAGCAGCGACUACAGCAGGAGCUACACCAGGAACAUAUGCUGCACCGUGAGCUGCAGCAACACAGAGAGAUGCAGGCAGCAGCAGAGGCAGACAGGCGCCAACUGCUUUUUCCAGAUGAAGAUUUGCCAACAUUUCCGGCGAAUACAGAAGCAACAGAGACAGGCAGGCCUGCGGUACCCGGCCAGGCAGCUGCCACCGCAGGGCAGUCCGUGUCAGCAGCUCAAGCGGAAGGGGCUGCCGCUCCUCCUGAUGGGCGGUGGGCCAACUUUGAGGAGGAUCCGCAUCAUCUUCCCAAUAAAGACCAAUCACAGAGAAACCCGUGCUGGCCAGGUCCCCCGCACUGCAGGAAUUUCGUCGCCGAGGAGGCAGAUAGUCGUCCAGCAUACAGCACAUUACACCGCCGUGGAGAAGAAUCUGUAAUUCCUGCGGAAGGCACCAGCGUAGAAGGCUCCGGAACGGACCGAGGGCCAUGCGUCCCUGAAGUGCAGCAGCCCAUCAGUGCCAGUGGAGCUGCUAGCGCCGGAGAGAGCUGCAGCAGCAGCUCUAGCAACCAUAGUGUUGGUCAAACUGACAGGAGAGGAAGCACGAGCGGUUGCAGUAGCAGUAGCGACAGUGAAGCUGAAGACCCCGCCAACCCUCUGCGGGCAUCUGGACAAUGGAGGCCCCCACUUUUCAGUCAACAGAAGCAUCGUCUCCAUCAGCAGGAGCAAGAAAACCUUUACCGUUCUUUGGCGCAGGACACAUUUACUCAGCCUACCCCCCCUGUGACGGAUGCAGCCGGCCCCAGUCAUUGGGGGACGACUGCACCGCAGCGGAGCUCUUUGCCUCCUUUGGGGUGCAGCAGCGGCGGUGUAAAUGACAGUGCCACACUGCGCAGAGGCACAGGAGUAGCCACAGCAACACCGACGAGGCUAUUUCCUCAUUAUGACCCCGCGGACGUGGACAUACAACGCUCAGCGCAAUGUGUCAGUUUUUGUGGAACUCACGAGGCCUCACGAAGCGUUCCUAGCGGAGCUGCUGCUGCUGCUCUGUCUGAGGGCCAUUCGGCAGGGGCUGGUGAUGCACUUCGGCGGCUUCCGCCUAGUGUAGAUGCGCCCAGCGCGAUGGGAGGGAGCGAGUCUCUGCUUCGAGACGAUAGCCGCCAAGUAGGAGAGGUUCCGCCAGCGUUGGGCAUGUGGCAGCACUUGCGCACAAGGGGUUCCCUGCCACAGACGAGAGAAAAUGUUCUGUUGCAUUCGCCGAGCAGGUCCCACCGAAUGUAA